AUGGUUACUGAGCAGACUAUAACUACCAUGAAGAAGCAUUAUGGUGAUAAAAUGAGGAGUCUGAAGGCCCAAUUAGAAGCUUACCAAGAGCUAAUGAACAAGAGGAGCACACACUGGCAAGAUACUAUUAAGAGUCUGAGGGAAAGAAACAGACAAAUGAGCCAAGAAAAGGAAGACCUUCUUCACCAAAUAAAUCAACAAACAGAGAAAUGGGAAGAAGAAAAGACUUGGAUUCUAGAAAAUUUGUCUAAAGACCUAGAUCAUCUUUACACCCAGCACACACUGACUUUGCAGCAACUUCAAAACAUCAGUCUACAUGUGGACAAAGUACAUGACCUUGUGAAUUUACAGAUAAAAAUUCUUCAGAAAAAAUCUGAAAAGACAGAAACAGAAAAGGCAGAUGUGUCAGUGGUUUUAGAAUUAAAUGUAGAACAGGUAGCUGAUGAAGAGGUGAAGCCUGAAUGCUUGCUGGAUAAAGGACAUCUUUGGCAAGCGCAGGCCAUGCUGCAAAAGAUACAAGAAUCUUUGGAUAAACGAGAGAAAGAAGUCACUGAGCUUCUACAAAGUGAGAGAAGAUAUAACAAAGCAAUGAAACCUCAAAUCACGGUGCUAAUAUUCUUGAAAACUCUUGUCCAGAGAUUGAUUUCUGAACCGCAUGAAUUACAAACAGAUGUACCAGCUUUGCAGGAAAUAUGA